AUGGGGAAAGAAGCCGCCCGGAGCGGUGCCCUCUCGUGGUUCGGGCCAGGGGCUAACAAGGUGGCGGGCAACUCGGCACGUCAGUGCAGCUCCGGCCUCUUGAGCUUGCGCGCCAGAACGAGCCGCGGAGAGAAGAUUAUGUUGCUGUCGUCCACGAGCAUCCCUAAGUGCGCCGGCUGCGAGAAACCCAUCCUGGACCGGUUCAUCCUCAAGGUGCUGGAGCGGUCGUGGCACGCGCGCUGCCUCAAGUGCGCCGACUGCCAGGCGCAGCUGGCCAACAAGUGCUUCGCCCGCAAUGGGCACGUCUACUGCAAGGAUGACUUCUUCAAGCGGUACGGCACCAAGUGCGCUGGCUGCGAGCUGGGCAUACCGCCGACGCAAGUGGUGCGCCGGGCACAGGACAACGUGUACCACUUGCACUGUUUCGCCUGCAUCCUGUGCAAGCGACAGCUGAACACGGGCGACGAGUUCUACCUCAUGGAGGACAACAAGCUGGUCUGCAAGGCCGACUACGAGGCGGCCAAGGCGCGCGAGGGCUCCAGCAAGCGGCCGCGCACCACAAUCACUGCCAAGCAGCUGGAGACGCUGAAGAGCGCCUACAACAACAGCCCCAAGCCGGCCCGCCACGUGCGCGAACAGCUGUCGCAGGACACUGGGCUCGACAUGCGCGUCGUACAGGUUUGGUUCCAGAACCGGCGCGCAAAGGAGAAGCGCCUCAAGAAGGACGCCGGAAAGACCCGCUGGGGAGACUUCUUCCGCUCCUCUUCCGGUGCGACCAUCAAGCGAGACGUCAAAGAUCACCCAGAGGACUCUGAGCCGUUUGGACUGACCGGCAGCGACCCUGAGGGCUCCCCGGGCCAGCAGUCGGGCCACAGCGGCGCCUCGUCCUAUUUCCCGGCCAGCCCCGGCGGUCAGCUGGGGCCACACUUCGGCCUGCCCAGUGACCAGUUUCCUGGUCGCGGAGACGACACAUACGGCGAGUUCCCGCCCAGCCCGGCUUCGUGGCUCGAGGACAUGGACAGCACGCCUUCGUCGGCGAACUUCUGA